AUGAAAACAGAGUUACUACAACAAUAAUUGUAGUUCCAAAAAAUCUUCUUAACCUGUCCGUUUUUCUCGGAGCAUUCCCACAUUUCACUUCUCUCCAUCCUCUAAUCCAACCCCUUCUCUUCACCUCUCGAAAAAACACUUGCAUUCAUAUAUUUUUAGAUUUUUAGAGAGAGAUACAGAGAGGUUGCAGGGGAGGAGAUGGAGCAGAAGCAUCUGUAUCUAUCUGCAUUGAGUGUAGGGGUCGGCGUGGGACUUGGAUAUGCAUCGGGGCAGAGAUGGAGUGGAGCUUCGAAUGCUCCCAUUGCUGGUGUUAAUGGUGAUCAGAUUGAAAUGGAGCUUCUUAGGCUUGUGCAGGAUGGGAAAGAUAGCACGGUCACCUUUGAGGACUUCCCCUAUUAUCUUAGUGAGAGAACACGGAUGUUGCUAACGAGUGCAGCUUAUGUUCAUCUUAAGCACUUGGAUGUUUCUAGGCACACGAGAAAUUUGUCGCCUGCUAGUAGAGCUAUAUUGCUCACAGGGCCUGCUGAACUCUACCAGCAAAUGCUUGCAAAGGCUCUGUCACAUUACUUUGAAGCAAAGUUAUUGUUGUUGGAUGUGCCCGACUUCUCUAUGAAGAUGCAAAGCAAGUAUGGCAGUUCUAAGAAAGAAGCGCCUCUCAAGAGGUCUAUCUCAGAUGUGGCUUUGGAGCAGAUGUCGAGCUUGUUUGGCUCCAUCUCAAGACUUUCACCAACGGCAGGAUCACUGAGUAGGCAAAGCAGUGGCCUGGAAACCAGACUGAAGAGUAUGGAAGGCAGUCAAGCUCCUCCAAAGCAUCGUAGAAAUGCUUCUAUAUCUUCAGAUCUGAGUAGCUUGAGUUCCCAGUCCUCUGCAAAUCCAGGUGCCUCAAAGCGCAUUAGUACCUUGUCUUUUGAUGAAAAGGUCUUCUUACAGGCGCUUUACAAGGUUUUGGUUUCUGUCUCUAAUAAUAGGGCCGUCGUACUGUACAUCAGGGAUGUCGAGAAGCUGCUUCUCCAAUCUCCAAGGCUAUACAACUUGUUCGAUAAAAUGUUGAAGAAGUUAUCAGGACCAGUUUUACUUCUUGGUUCCAGGAUGUUGGAGUCAGAUGAUGAUAGCAGCGAAAUUGAUGAACGACUGACUUAUUUGUUUCCUUACACUAUCGAGAUAAAGCCACCUGAAGAUGAGGGUCGUCUUCGAAGCUGGAAAACCCAAUUAGAAGAGGACUUGAAGACAAUUCAGGCUCAGGAUAACAAAAACCAUAUUGCUGAGGUACUUGCAGCAAAUGAUCUUGAAUGUGAUGACCUAAAUACAAUCUGCCAAGCAGAUGCAAUUGUUCUUGGUAAUUACAUCGAAGAAAUUGUGGUAGCAGCAAUCUCUUAUCAUUUGAUGAAUAAUAAAGUACCAGAAUACCGGAAUGGGAGGCUUAUUAUAUCAUCAAAGAGUUUGUCACAUGGAUUAAGUUUCUUCCAGGAGGGGAAAAAUAACGACAAGGAUAAUUUCAAGCUGGAGACGAAUGCUGAAGCUUCUAAGGCACUUCCAGCAGAAGAAAUUGUUGCUACAAAGCCUGAAUCAAAGUCGGAAACUGUAACAACUGAAACUAAAACUGAGGUAGACAAAUCAAAUCCUGCACCAAAAAAGGAAAGCGAGAAUCCUGCUCCGCCAAAGCCGGAAGUUCCUGAUAAUGAAUUCGAGAAGCGUAUAAGACCAGAGGUGAUUCCAGCACAUGAAAUUGGGGUGACAUUUGAGGAUAUUGGUUCCUUGGAAGAAACCAAGGAAUCAUUGCAGGAGUUGGUCAUGCUUCCUCUCCGAAGACCAGACCUAUUUACCGGGGGACUCCUCAAACCUUGUCGAGGCAUUUUACUCUUCGGGCCUCCUGGUACUGGAAAAACUAUGAUGGCAAAGGCCAUUGCCAGGGAAGCAGGAGCAAGUUUUAUCAAUGUAUCAAUGUCAACCAUCACUUCUAAAUGGUUUGGGGAAGAUGAAAAGAAUGUCAGAGCUCUCUUUACACUCGCAGCAAAAGUUUCUCCUACUAUUAUUUUUGUAGAUGAAGUUGACAGCAUGCUUGGACAACGAACAAGAGUUGGCGAGCAUGAGGCUAUGCGAAAAAUUAAAAACGAGUUCAUGACACAUUGGGACGGGCUUCUAUCAAAAGCCAACGAACGCAUUCUUGUUCUCGCUGCUACUAACAGGCCAUUUGACCUUGAUGAAGCAAUUAUUAGGCGAUUUGAGCGAAGAAUCAUGGUUGGUCUACCAACUGCUGACAGCAGAGAAAAGAUACUGAGAACGCUUUUGGCUAAAGAAAAGGUGGACGAGCUUGAUUUUAAGGAGCUUGCGAUGAUGACAGAAGGAUAUAGUGGAAGUGAUCUUAAGAUUUUUUGUACAACAGCCGCAUAUCGACCUGUGAGGGAGCUGAUAAAACAAGAAAGAGAAAAGGAUUUGGAAAAGAAACGGAGAGCGGAACAAGAGAAGAAUUCAGAGGAUGCUUCAGAAGAAAAGGAAGAAGCUGAAAGAGUAAUAACUCUGAGGCCUCUAAACAUGGAAGACAUGAGACAAGCAAAAAAUCAGGUUGCUGCGAGCUUUGCUUCAGAAGGAUCAAUCAUGAACGAGCUAAAGCAAUGGAACGAUUUGUAUGGAGAAGGAGGUUCAAGAAAGAAGGAGCAACUAACUUACUUCCUUUAAAUUUUCCUGAGAUGUUGACGAUAUCACGAAAAGCAUCGACAUUUCUUAAGCAAAGGCAUUCCUGGAAAUCGGGGAUGCAUACAGCGAACCAGGGCUGAUGGGAAACUCGACUCUGAUGCAUGGUCUUGAUAGAGAAUUGUACAUUAGGCCAUUCUACAAACCAUAUGGCAAUGAGUUGUAAUGUAAAUUAUGUAUUAUGUGGUUAUCGGAAAGCUGGGAUAUGCAAACUUGCGAAAUUUAUUCUUAACCUGUGUAGUAGCAUAAUGUAGGAGAGGGUAGUAGUUUGAUUGAGUACUAUUGUAUAUUGGUUGUGUAAAUUAGACGCCAUUGUAAAUUUUGGAGUAAAAUCUUUCUGCUGUUGCAAA